ACUCACUGAGUGACUAUACUACAGGUAUAAUUAUAUUCCGCCAAACUCGCAUGCAUGCACAAGUAAAGUACAGUGGCACACACCCAACUCCGUUUUGUUUAUUAUUAUUAACCAGUCAGGCGAAUAUAGUAAAUGUAUUGAAAACCAGGAUAUUGUUGGGUUUUCUGUGCUAUAAAGUACUUGACAACCUUACCUCUUUUCUCGUUCGUUUGAAUACUAUGAUUCAGGGAAGAUGCGCUCCAUUUUUGCCGUGUGUCUGAUGCCUGACCAACUGUCACCAUGUCAUUAGCGAAACCAGCAAACCUGAAUAUCAAGCAGAUGCCUGAUGAGAAUCCGUAUGAACUUUCACCCGUUGCGUUCGAUGCUGAUUCUAUAGAGAUGAGGAAUCAACUGAAAUUCACCCAGCUCCCGCAGGAUCCACCGGCAGUCCCUCCCGCUCCAGCUCCAAGACAAAGAACAGAGGAAACUAACUUAUCAACAGGGCAAGCAACUUCACCUUCGUAUAAGAAUCCACCUGCCUACAAUGGAAGGUCUCAUCACCACGGUCACCACUUCUACGAAGAAGUCAAUCGGUCGUCCCUGCAGAGGCAAAAUAGCAAGCCUUCGGUAUACGGUUCACCCAACAGUCUUCCGACUUCACACACAGAAGCAGAUCAAGCUAUUCUCUUCCAACAAUCAAGUACUACAAACUCACUAGCUCAACUCACAGAAUCGAUUGAAAGGAAACCACGGAAGAAAACCAACCCCUUGUAUGACAGCUAUAGGGAUGAAGACAAUGACAGUAGAACAUACCCAAGUCAGUCCGACCCUGUCAAACAUAAGAGUCCUGGUAGUUGUAUCGGUUCAGUGCUCCGGCAUCCUUGUACAAUAUUCUUAUUGAUAGCUGUUAUUAUCGCACUCAUCGUCUUCUUCGUGCUGCUUUUACUUGGCACAAUAACUUCAAAAGCAGGUGAGACAGCUGCUCGGACUCAGAAUGAAUCUAGCAGCGAUAUUAUUGCACAACUCAGACAGCAAGUGGACGAUCAGAAUAAUCUCAUCAACAGUAUGAUGCAAAAGAUUGAGAGACUCGAAAUGGCCAUUAUAAACCCUGGAAAUGAGAAUGCAUCUUUGGAAAUUAGAGUGGCACAAAAUACGUUUAUGUUGAUGAGGGUAAAUGAAUCUCUGUUGGAGUUGGAUAGAGAACUUGUUGGAGUAAACACCAAAGCACAAACAGCACUUGACCAGUCAUCCAGCACGAUCUCAACCCAGGUUGCAUUUUUAAAUAGGAUUACAGUACUAGAGAAUCAAACACAUAAUCUGGAUGGACAGGUGAAAUCUCUGAGAGGUAGCCUUCAAACACAUAGCCUGGACAUUGUCAGUAUUAAAGGGGUUAAUCAAGAACAAGAUGAUGAGAUCACAAUAUUGAACAGCGAUAUCAGUGUCGUACAGCAGUCAUUUAUGACACAGUUCAUGGAGUACAAUGAGAGUAUCUACCAAGAGUUAGAGACGAUAAGUAAAAUGCAAGGUCCCCGGGGCUUCAAUGGCAGUGACGGGGCAUCUGGCAUGUCGGAUCUUGCACAAUGUUCUUAUGGAACAUUGAAUAAAGGAUCUCCAAUAACACAAACAACAACAACCACUAAUGCAGUCUCCUCAGAUGGAGUGACGGAGAUCUUAACAGGCAUUUCGUGUUCAACGUUGAAUGGAGCCAGAGCACUAUUGAGAACAACAGGCUCUAACCCGAUAUCUUUUAGCUGUGAAUGCAGUGGGAAUGAUGGAACAGGACAAACUAGUAGAUACUGUUAUAUCCAUUACUGGAAGUGUCCUGUAAUGAGUUGAUCCUGCGCAUACCAUAUAUAUUAUCCCUCUCAUUCAUGCCUAAAUUCUAAUAAUAUUACUAUAAUAGUAAUAAAAAAUAAUAAUAAAAGUUGAUUCAUGAAACACAUGUUGCCAUUGGGAUGUUACGCCUUGUAUCUCAAAGUGUAAAUAUUAUGUGGACAGCUGGGACUAAGGCUUAAUUUCAGAAUUAUGACAUAAUUAGUAGCAACCUUCUUUUGCCACGAAAGGGUUCUUUUCAGUAAUUGUGAGAUUGUUUUCAGAUGAUGAGGUGAACACCAUCGCCAUAUUCAUUUCUAAAAUGCAACCUGUUCUGAGCUGACCCCAAUAUUAUUCAACAUGAAAUUUUAACAUCCUGCAAUGAUAUAUUUACAUUUAUUUUUUCUUGAUAAGGUUGCUCAAAGAGUUAAGUUGAACAGUAAGACGUAUGGACUUUCAAUAUAUUUCAUUGAUACCAAUUUAGCAGUCAUAGAAAAUGAUUACGGAUGAUUGAAAUUGUGGAUUCCAUCAUUCACUUCCUAUUCUAUCCUUGUAAAAUUUGGACUUUAGAGUCAAGUUUGAAUUAUAUGUUUUUUCUCUUGUGUAUGUACAUGAGACAUGUGAGAGGAUCAAAUUCUUCAACGAUUAAUAUCCGAUUACAAUUGCGAAUUUAUGCUUCUCUCAAACUCUGUGAAUUAAGUCAUGCCCAUGGAAAGUUUUGGUAAAGGGUCACUGAGGCACCUUGUGAAAAGUCUGAGUUGCAUGUUUUCUGCAGGAAUCCUGCAAGUGUCUUUUCAUUACCAACUUUCACAUUUUAUUUCGCCGUAGACAAAGUAAUGGGGAAUGCAGAAAAGCUGAAUGAAAAGAUGCAUAGCGCCCUCAAAGAUAAAUACCAGGUCCCCGUCUUACAAAGAGUUACCAAUCGUAACUCUAUGGAAAUCCAUCAGUGUCAUAAUUUCUUUACAGGAAUUGUCAAAAUGUCCUUUGUAAACAAAGGAAACACACCAAAUUGUCAAGAAAUCAAUGAAUUUAUGGAUAUACAUUCAUAUCUAUAAUUUUUUGUAACAAACAUGCAUUUCAUGUUGACUUUGCUGGCUUUCCAUAGUUGCGAUUGAUUGGAUCAAUCGCAACUCUUUGUAAAAUGGGGCCCUGUUGUGGUAACUAUCUCAAAAUGAGUUCGAACAGAAUCCAAUGAAAUUACCACCAAAUUAUUUGCAUGUAUAAAUAAAAAAUAUGUGCCAAAUAGCUCUGGUAGAAAAUGUGUAAUUGCUAAGAAAUUAGCAAAAUAAGCACAGACAAAAUUCUGUCAAAUGUCGGGUAUUUUUCGAAGCAAUAUGAAUACACUGUCCCACAUAUGCUUUUCUGUGUUAGUGAACAUCAGAAAUAUCGAUUUUGAGCCGAGUUUUCAUGAUUUUACAAAAGAUAAGUUUUACAUCAAUGUACCAGAUCUAGAUGUAUGAUAAUAUGUUGACAAUUAACCUUGAUUUAAAAGACUUUCUCAUGAAAUAAUUGUUUGCUGUAACUAUGGUACUGUCUUUUACCGUACCUUUAAAGCAGCAUUCAUGUUUAAAGAUGUAGCCCAGACUUUUGACAAGUUGCCUGAUUCAAAUUUUACCUGAGAAUCACCUUACAUUCCAAUCUUACAAAAGUAUGGGGACGGUUGAAUCUUUUAAGCCAUUGCUUCUUUGUGAAAAUAUUAAUUUUCAUUUUUUAUACCGAGCACACACUCUCUCAGUACUGUCAUAGUUUUCUAUAAAAUAGUUCCUAUAAAGGCUUUUCUUACAAAUUUAGUGAUUGUCUUAUAUAAGUAAGCUUUAUACAAUAUUGUAUAAAGCAAUUUUCAGCCAAUUCUAUAUUUGAGAAUUGGUAUUGUAUAUUUAAAUAAACACACAAAUAUUGUAUUUUCAUCAGGCAUCUGCUCAAAAUAAAUGUUCCUUUAAAAUGUGAAAAUAUAUCCACUAAAGUUUUGGGACAUCUAUUUGUAUAAAUGUAGUAAUGAAUUUGAAUGGUGACAUGUAAUUUAGGGGCUUCACC